CACCAGUUAGGUUAACUUCAGAAACAACUUGGCUGAAGUGGUAGUUAAAUUACUUUGUGGGGUUUUUUGUGUGCCUUUUUGGGGUUUUUUUUAGUAUUUUCCUCUACAGAAAUGGACACGUCGGUAAUUCUCCCUGUCGAAGCAGAGGGGUUUGUUCAAAGUCUGGAAACUUUCUCUCUUAAGGAAGUGGGCUCUACGAGGUGGUUCAGACAGCAUGAGUACAUCGAGAAACUUAACAUGCAGGCAAUACUGAAUGCCUCUGCCAUGCAUGAUGAGUUCGUCAAGGAGCUCCUGGUGUCAUAUGGAAAGAUACCUGUUCUGGUGCAUGAGAUGAUCCUCGUCGAAGUGUGGAAGCAAAACGUGUUCCCCAUCCUAUGUCAGCUGCAGGACUUCAAUCCCAAGAACACAUUUCAUCUUUACAUGGUGAUCCACCAUGAAGCCACGAUAAUCAACCUACUUGAAACGAUAAUGUUUCAUAAGGAUUCAAGUGAGGCAGCUGAUGACUGUGUUCUGGACUUGGUGGAUUACUGCCACCGCAAACUCACCCUGCUGGCCAGUAAAGCUACCAGGGAGAGCACCGCGGCUCACGACCAACACAACCUGACAGGGAAAACAGACGAAUCUUCUAUAGAGGAGCUGCAGAUUCAGAGUGCUGCCCUGGAGUUUGAGAUCUCCCUGAAGGCUGUAUCCGUGCUGCGCUACAUCACCGAUCACACCAACAGUAUCAGUGUUAUCAAUCGCAUGCUCUGCACCCAUAACGUGCCUUGUGUACUGGUUCAGCUGAUUGACUGCUGCCCUUGGAGUCGCCGCAGAGAAGGUGAGGUAGAGAAGUAUAUAAACAGCAAAUGGCAGAAGAUUCCUGUGGAGGACCGUUUAAAGAUGACGAAACUAGAUGGCCAGGUCUGGAUUUCCCUUUACAAUCUGAUACUAAAGGAAGAUUGCCAAAGGAAAUAUGACUUCAACAGUUUCAACAAGAAUCAGCUUCUAAAGCUCCGACGUUUCUUAACGGAGGUGGUGGUUGAUCAGCUGCCAAACCUGGUGGAACUGCAGCGUUUCCUGGCUCAUCUCGCAGUUACGGACCCAGCCCCUCCAAAAAAAGAGCUCAUUUUGGAGCAGAUCCCAGAAAUGUUGAGCCACAUUGUUAGGGAGAAUUCUGGGAGGUGGAAGGCAAUAGCAAAGUAUCAAGUGAAAGAAACAUUCAGCCCGUCUGAAAAUGACCUGAGACUACAGGCACAGAGGUUGGCUCAGACAUACAACUUGGAUGUGAUGGAAAGUUUACUCCCCGAGAAGCCAAAGUGUGGAUCCUGUGGGAAAGAGGCUGCAAAGAGAUGCUCUCGAUGUCAGGGAGAAUGGUACUGCCACAGAGAAUGUCAGGUGAAGCACUGGCCUAAACACAAGAAAGCUUGUCAGCUCAUGUCCGAGGCCACAGAGAAGAUCCAGAGAGACCUGAACGUCAGCAGCUGAGAGAGAAACUGCUGACGCAUUCGUAUGGACUGGUGGUAGAUGUCAGAUGGGACUCUUGAGACACAAGACAUGAGGAGAACAGAUCUGCAUGUGGACAAUGCAGAUUUGGAUUCCUAUAUAUUAUAAAUAAGGAAUCCUUUUUAUUUUAAUGCUGGAAACGAUUAUGCCCAGUUACUGUUGUUUUUUUGUUCCUUUUUGUUUUAAAUACUGUAAUGUUUGUUCCUAUGAUGAUUACGCCUCUCUGCAUUUUUCCCUUCAUGACUCCGGCAGCAAUUAAAACUGCGUUAAUGACUCCCUCUGCAUGGUCUUCUUCUCCAGUGCUAGUAGGAACCCUGGCAUGUAGGUAUUUUCAAGCACCUACUGUACAUCAGUGAGAAACCUAAACUCUCUGCAUUCAGAUAGAGUCACUCAUCUUGUUAAAGGACUUAGUUUUCCCUCUUCUUGGUGACUUUAACCUUCCUGGAUGUUGGGAUGGUGACUUUCUGCAGACGUCCUGA